AUAAGAGAGGCACCACAUGAUGCCCGGAAGUAUCCAGCAACAUGCUUACCUUCAGACGAGUCGCCUUGAAGGUGGCGAACCUGGUGAGUUGCCAGCUUGUGGCGUCGCCAUGUAGGACUGGUCUUGACAAGUGCCCGACUGACAUGCUUGUUAGACUAGGCGAUAUGCGAUACACACUCACAUCCAUGCCAUGCCCGUCGAGAUCAUGCUGCGCAUCUUCCUCUUUGCGACGAGGAUUGAUGACUGCAAGAAAUGCCGUAUGGCGCCGCUGCGACUACGAGGCGAAGAGUGUUCGUGCAAGCUUCCCUCGCAGUUCCUGGUGUCUAGUGCCUGUCGGAGGUGGAGGGAUGUGGCGCUUCAAUAUCCACUUCUAUGGACCACGUUGCGGCUCUCGUGCAGGAUGCCUAUGGACUUCGUACGACUAUUGGUGGCGCGAGCGACGUCCCAGAAUCUUAUUAAUUCCGAAGGAUCGGCUCCUCCCUGCCUUGACUUUCACCUGACGCUUCGCGAUUCAGACUUAGAAUCCUCAGACAACCUCGAGACGCUGCUGUACGUGAUCGUCGCGGAACACAAGCGUUGGUGCGGGCUACGUAUUGUGGCGCCUUCAACGUCAGGGCCGUUCACCACAAUUCGAGGUGGUCUUGCCAAAUUGGCCGUCCCAAGGCUCGAAAGCCUGGAGAUCAUAUGCUUGGAUGGGUAUAGGAGUUCCAAGGACGACUGGCACGUCCCUCCGGUGUUGGACAUCUUCAGAGGAGGAGCACCUUCGCUGCAGCGGAUCGAACUUCGGGGUUGCAGCUUGUCCUCGUCGAACCUUGAUAACGCAUUCUCCAUGCGCGAAUUCUCAGUUAUCGCAGGCCCCUGCAUGACGAAGGACGUCCGACUGCUUGCUGCGGUUGCCGCAGGUCUCACACACCUGGCAUUUGUCGACCAGUGCACUGCGGACUGGCACGAGGGCGAAAACACUAGGAGCCCCCUUCGUUUCUCUUCACUUCGAGGUUUACGAAUCAGUGGCGCAAGAUGCUUUGUCCAGUUUCUACAGCUUCUAGAGGCUCCCGAGCUGGAAAGGUUGCAGGUCGAGGACCUGCAUGUCGAUGGUGUGGAUGUCCUGGGCGACUGCUUCGAAGGAACCACGGCUUUAACUCCUGUCGUUGCGAGGCUUCCUCGAUUACGAUGGCUCGGGCUCGAAAUCCAUGCUAUCUCGACAAAUAAUCCGUCACUUGUCCUCAAACGCCUACGCCAUUUUGUCGCCGCAUUCCCUUGUAUCCGGCACCUCGUUUUCAGUGGUCCUGAUGUCGUCGCAUUCGUACGCGAACUUCGCGCCGGGCAUUCUACGCCAGCAGGAGCCUUGCUGCCUGCUUUGGAGUGUCUCAUUUUAUCCGGUGCGCACGGUCACGACCUCCUAUGUGAAGUCGCUGCUCUCGCGGAGGCGAGGAAAGCAGUCGGAUGCCCGCUGCGCAAUAUCCAACUGUCGAUUACGGUGACGACGUCGAGACAGGAUCUGCCGCAGAAAUUCUGCAAAAUUCUGCAGAUGCAAUUUCGCGGCACACGUACAACGGGCGUGAUCUAUCCUGAUGGCGAGACCUGGAUGCAUUCUACCCACGAGCGGGAGGAAUGGCGUACGACGGAAUACCUGCACCGGUAGAGGUUAGUACCUACACCCCAGUCGCCGUGCUAGCGCUUCUGCUGCGUCCGCACGAGCCUGGGGGGCAAGGGACCCUAUAGCACGGGAUCGGCCCCGCGCAUAAUCGAUUAAUCAUUAGCUCGAUGUCGACGGACGCGGGACGUCGCGACUCCGAGGCAUUGACGCGAUGUAGGUAUUGACUUCUGCGGGGACGGCUCGGGUGUAUCAAGCACUCAUUCAAAUGAAGCAAUAUAUAUUGGUUCCUACAGUGCGAUAGCUCGUAUAUUCUGGAAGUGUAGCC